AUGGUAAUCAUGUUCUGGGACCCCCCAACACAUCUCGAACCCCCCAACACACCCCCACCACAUCCCGGACCCCCAACACACCCCCACCACAUCCUGGACCCUCCAACACCCCCCCACCACAUCCUGGACCCUCAACACACCCCCACCACAUCCCGGACCCCCAACACACCCCCACCACAUCCUGGACCCCCAACACACCCCCACCACAUCCCGGACCCCAACACACCCCCACCACAUCCUGGACCCCCAACACACCCCCACCACAUCCCGGACCCCCAACACACCCCCACCACAUCCUGGACCCUCCAACACCCCCCCCCACCACAUCCUGGACCCUCAACACACCCCCACCACAUCCCGGACCCCCAACACACCCCCACCACAUCCUGGACCCCCAACACACCCCCACCACAUCCUGGACCCCCAACACAUCCCCACCACAUCCUGGACCCCGAACACACCCCCACCACAUCCUGGACCCCUAACACAACCCCGGAACCCCCCGGACCCCCAACACACCCCCACCACAUCCCGGACCCCCAACACACCCCCAACACAUCCCGGACCCCUAACACACCCCCACCACAUCCUGGACCCUCAACACACCCCCACCACAUCCUGGACCCCCAACACACCCCCACCACAUCCUGGACCCCCAACACACCCCCACCACAUCCCGGACCCCAACACACCCCCACCACAUCCUGGACCCCCAACACACCCCCACCACAUCCCGGACCCCCAACACACCCCCACCACAUCCUGGACCCUCCAACACCCCCCCACCACAUCCUGGACCCUCAACACACCCCCACCACAUCCCGGACCCCCAACACACCCCCACCACAUCCUGGACCCCCAACACACCCCCACCACAUCCUGGACCCCCAACACAUCCCCACCACAUCCUGGACCCCGAACACACCCCCACCACAUCCUGGACCCCUAACACAACCCCGGAACCCCCAACACACCCCCACCACAUCCCGGACCCCCAACACACCCCCACCACAUCCCGGACCCCCAACACACCCCCAACACAUCCCGGACCCCUAA